AUGCCAUUAGUUGUCCAAGAACAAGGUUCAUUCCAACACAUUUUACGUUUGUUGAACACCAACAUUGAUGGUAGAAUCAAGAUUAUGUACGCCUUGACCAAGAUUAGAGGUGUCGGAAGAAGAUAUUCCAACUUGGUUUGUAAGAAGGCCGAUGUUGAUUUGCACAAGAGAGCCGGUGAAUUGACUCAAGAAGAAUUGGAAAGAAUUGUCACCAUUAUGCAAAACCCAACCAACUAUAAGAUUCCAGCUUGGUUCUUGAACAGACAAAAGGAUCAAGUUGAUGGUAAAGAUUACCAUGUUUUGGCUAACAACUUGGAAUCUAAAUUGAGAGAUGAUUUGGAAAGAUUGAAGAAGAUUAGAGCACACAGAGGUAUUAGACACUUCUGGGGAUUAAAGGUCAGAGGUCAACACACCAAGACUACCUCAAGAGGUCGUUAA